CUAGUAUGAGCGCCCCAUUCUCAGUUUGCUGGUUCGAUUUGCAGCGGAUUAGGGUUUUGGAGCUCGGAGUUAGUGUUUAGACGAGCUUCGCAAUUGAAUUAGGGUUUGUGAUUUUGUAUCUGAGAAUUAAGGUUUUGGAGCUUGGCGAAGAGGGUUUGAAGUUGCAGUUAACCAGGGUUUGGCAACGAGAAAUAGGGUUGUCGACAUUGAAGAAGCUCUAUGGAAAACGGAACGAGAAAUGGCCAUGAGGAAAAGAAGUUGCAGAGUGAAGAAGAAGAGGAGGCCAUGAUUGGGCCUGGACCUGCUGCUCCUCAUCGCAAGAAGCGGCCUCUCCAGUUUGAGCAAGCUUUUCUCGACUCUCUCCCCUGUGCUAACAUGUAUGAGAAAAGUUAUAUGCAUCGCGAUGUUGUCACGCAUGUUGCUGUAUCAGCAGCGGAUUUUUUCAUAUCUGGAAGUGUUGAUGGGCAUUUGAAAUUCUGGAAGAAAAAGCCUACUGGCAUUGAGUUUGCUAAACAUUUCAGAUCUCACGUUGGUCCGAUUGAAGGCUUGGCUGUCAGUGUGGAUGGUUUGCUUUGUUGUACAAUUUCAAAUGACCGAUCUGUGAAAAUAUACGAUGUUGUCAACUAUGACAUGAUGGUCAUGAUGCACUUGCCAUUUGUCCCUGGUGCCAUUCAAUGGGUAUAUAAGCAAGGGGAUGUGAAAGCAAAACUUGCCAUUAGUGACAAGGACUCUGCUUAUGUUCACAUAUACGAUGCACAUGCUGGUUCGAGUGAACCUAUAAUCUCAAAACAGAUUCAUUUGGGACCAGUUAAAGUUAUGAGGUACAACCAUGCAUUUGAUACUGUAAUUUCUGCGGAUGGAAAAGGCGUAAUAGAGUACUGGUCUCCUACUACUCUCCAGUUCCCAGAAAAUGGGCCAACUUUCAAACUAAAAACUGAGACCAACCUUUUUGACAUUGCGAAAUGCAAGACUACUGUUUCUGCUAUAGAGGUGAGUUCAGACGGUAAGCAAUUUGCUGUCACCUCUCCUGACCGUCGAAUACGUGUAUUUUGGUUUAUCUCAGGAAAGUUGAGGCGAACUUAUGACGAGUCCCUUGAGGUGGCUCAAGAUCUGCAGAGAAGCGAUGCUCCAUUGUAUAGAUUGGAAGCAAUUGACUUUGGUCGAAGAAUGGCUGUAGAAAAGGAGAUAGAAAAAACCGAAGAUGCGCCACAACCUAAUGCUAUUUUUGAUGAGAGUUGCAACUUCCUUCUGUAUGCCACCCUCUUGGGUAUAAAGAUUGUGAAUUUGCACACAAAUAAAGUGGCCAGAAUCCUUGGGAAGGUGGAGAACAAUGAACGCUUCUUGAGAAUUGCUCUAUACCAAGGUGAUAGAAAUAGUAAAAAGGUAAGGAAACUACCAGGAGCUGCAGCAAAUGUUAUGGAGAGUAAGGAACCUUUAAUAGAUCCUACUCUUCUGUGUUGUGCUUUCAAGAAGCACCGGAUUUACUUGUUCAGCCGGAGGGAGCCAGAGGAGCCGGAAGAUGCCAGCAAGGGGAGGGAUGUCUUUAAUGAAAAGCCACCUCCUGAAGAACUUAUGGCUGUAUCAGAUGUUGGGAAGGCCGUGACAACAUCUCUGCCUGACAAUGUGAUUUUACACACAACAAUGGGGGACCUUCACAUGAAAUUGUACCCUGAAGAAUGCCCUAAAACUGUGGAGAAUUUCACAACCCACUGUAGAAAUGGGUAUUAUGACAACCUUAUUUUUCACCGAGUCAUCAAAGGCUUCAUGAUCCAGACUGGAGAUCCUUUGGGAGAUGGCACUGGUGGGCAGUCCAUUUGGGGAAGAGAAUUUGAAGAUGAGUUCCACAAAAGUUUGAGGCAUGAUAGGCCCUUCACUCUAUCGAUGGCCAAUGCUGGUCCCAACACCAAUGGGUCCCAAUUCUUUAUCACCACUGUCGCUACUCCAUGGUUGGAUAAUAAGCACACCGUCUUUGGUAGAGUAGUUAAAGGAAUGGAUGUUGUUCAGGCAAUUGAGAAAGUGAAGACGGAUAAGAAUGAUAAGCCUUAUCAGGAUGUGAAGAUUUUGAAUGUGACAGUUCCCAAGUCAUAGUACUUGACGUGAUAUUGGAGUUGUUUUGGCAUUGGUUUCUAGAAUAUGGAGAGCAGCUUUUGCUAUGCCAGGUGACUGACUGUAAACUUGGUAGAAUAAGCUUAUUAAUCCAUGUUAAACUGUGAAUGUAAAUUAUAAACAACCACACGGAAAUUGAUUCUCGCUUUUAUGCUUUAGUGCUGAAUGGAGGAAUACGAUUCAUGUAGUCCACUCCAAAUAAUUGGGAUAAAGCUUGGAUAAUGUUGAUGAUUGUUUAUUGUGGAAUUUAUCAAGUCUUGUUUUUUAGCGGAAGAAAUGAAAGUCUCUUCAUGAUUA